GCGCUGGCCGCGGCGGCCGGGCAGCGCGAGCCUGCGGCGCGUCUAGGCCCGCGCGGUUCCCGGUGCACUCGCUGCCCACAAAGCGCCAGCUGAGGGGCCGCUGCGGGCGGAGUCGGCCUCGCGACCCCAGCUUGACCCGUCGCCUGCCGCCCUGCGCCUCCGCCGCGUUCCUGCGCGUCCCGAGCCCCGACGGCCUCGUGAGUCCCGUCCGUGCGGGGAAGGCAGGGCCGGGUCGGCGCCGCCUGUGGAGAGGACCCGGCGGCCGGGCCUGCGUGGAGCCGCGCGCGGCGGCAGCGGCGGCGGCGACUUCCGAGGCCCGGGCCAGACAGCGCAGGACCAUGGCUGAGGCGGCCCCGGCCCCGACAUCUGAAUGGGACUCCGAGUGCCUUACAUCCCUGCAGCCCCUUCCUCUUCCUACACCCUCAGCAGCAAAUGAGGCACACCUGCAGACAGCAGCUAUCUCUCUGUGGACAGUGGUGGCUGCUGUGCAGGCUAUAGAGAGGAAGGUGGAGGUCCAUAGCCGGCGACUCCUACACCUAGAAGGUCGGACAGGGACAGCAGAGAAGAAACUAGCCAGCUGUGAAAAGACAGUUACCGAGCUUGGGAACCAGCUGGAGGGCAAGUGGGCCGUUCUGGGAACCCUGCUGCAGGAGUACGGGCUGCUGCAGAGGCGGCUGGAGAACUUGGAGAACCUGCUGCGCAACAGGAACUUCUGGAUUCUGCGGCUCCCUCCAGGUAUUAAGGGAGAUAUCCCAAAGGUGCCUGUGGCAUUUGAUGAUGUCUCCAUCUACUUUUCCACUCCAGAGUGGGAAAAAUUAGAAGAAUGGCAAAAGGAACUUUACAAGAAUAUCAUGAAGGGCAACUAUGAGUCUCUCAUCUCCAUGGAUUAUGCUAUAAAUCAACCUGAUGUCUUAUCUCAGAUUCAACCAGAAGGGGAACAUAAUACAGAGGACCGGGCAGGGCCAGAGGAAAGUGAGAUUCCCACAGACCCCAGUGAAGAGCCUGGUAUUUCAACAUCAGAUAUUCUGUCUUGGAUUAAACAAGAAGAAGAGCCUCAGGUUGGGGCCCCACCAGAGUCCAAGGAGAGUGACGUGUACAAAAGCACUUAUGCUGAUGAAGAGCUUGUCAUCAAAGCUGAAGGCCUUGCUAGAUCCUCGUUGUGCCCUGAGGUUCCAGUCCCUUUCUCUUCUCCACCAGCAGCAGCAAAGGAUGCUUUUUCAGAUGUGGCUUUCAAAAGCCAGCAGUCUACAUCCAUGACACCUUUUGGACGUCCAGCCACUGACCUGCCUGAAGCCUCUGAGGGACAAGUGACUUUUACUCAGUUGGGUAGCUAUCCCCUCCCACCUCCAGUUGGUGAGCAGGUGUUCUCAUGCCACCACUGUGGCAAGAGUCUCAGCCAAGACAUGUUGCUGACCCACCAAUGUAGCCAUGCUACUGAGCACCCCUUACCCUGUGCCCAGUGCCCUAAGCACUUUACUCCACAGGCGGACCUCAGCAGCACAUCCCAGGACCAUGCCAGUGAGACGCUCCCCACCUGCCCACACUGUGCCAGGACUUUUACUCACCCAUCAAGACUUACCUACCAUCUUCGGGUCCAUAACAGCACUGAGCGUCCUUUCCCCUGUCCUGAUUGUCCCAAGCGCUUUGCUGACCAGGCUCGACUCACCAGCCACCGGAGAGCUCAUGCAAGCGAAAGGCCCUUCCGCUGUGCCCAGUGUGGCAGGAGCUUCAGCUUGAAAAUCAGCCUCCUCCUCCACCAGCGGGGUCAUGCACAAGAGCGCCCUUUCUCCUGCCCUCAGUGUGGCAUUGACUUCAACGGCCACUCGGCCCUGAUCCGCCACCAGAUGAUCCACACAGGCGAGCGUCCUUACCCCUGCACUGACUGCAGUAAGAGCUUCAUGCGCAAGGAGCACCUGCUGAACCACCGGCGGCUGCACACAGGCGAGCGGCCCUUCAGUUGUCCUCACUGUGGCAAGAGCUUCAUCCGCAAGCACCACCUAAUGAAACACCAGCGCAUCCACACCGGGGAGCGGCCCUACCCCUGCUCCUACUGUGGCAGGAGCUUCCGCUACAAACAGACACUCAAGGACCACCUGCGUUCGGGCCACAAUGGAGGCUGUGGGGGUGAUAGUGACCCAUCAGGUCAGCCACCCGACCCACCAGGUCCCCUCAUAACUGGGCUUGAAACUUCUGGCCUGGGUGUCAACACUGAAGGUCUAGAGGCCAAUCAGUGGUAUGGGGAAGGGAGUGGAGGGGGAGUUUUGUAAAUCCAAAUCUCUGUGGCUUCAUGGUUGUUUAUGCUCACAGCAGGGCACAAAAUCCAAGAGAAGGUCUGUGAGCCCCACCCAACACCCACAGUAAUUAUUAUCUGGCACAUCAAUGAAUUUGGGGUCCUAUACACUUGACUAGAGACAUGCUUGUGUUUUGGAAUUUCACACUCUUACAAGAAUACCACAUUUUGAAACCCAGAAAGACCUGGAAAGGAGCCCAGCAUGUCCAUUUUUUCAAAGAUACAACAAAAGCAGAAGUUACAAGAAUAUUGCGGAGAGGUUGGAAAGCAGGAUUUAACCUCUGGUUCUCUUGUUCUCAGAGAACAGCAGGUUGAUAGUAGGUUAUGUCUCUAGGUAGAGACAGGUACAUGAGAAGAGCCUCCAAAACUGGAAGCCCAUCAUGAGGCAUGAGAAUGUUUAACUAUAAAGCCUUUUAUUAGCUCCUUGAUAGCUAAGAUGGUUGUUGGAGAAAGUGCUUAAGCCACUGUUUAUGUUGCUGCCUCCUCUCUCAAAACCAGCCAAGAUCUGUUCACACACCUUUGUGGCUGCCUUUCCCUGAAACAUGGUAACUCAAGACUGCCUGCCUAGGUUUCUUAGAUUAAUUAUUCACAUACAUUUUGUUUAAUAUUGGUUGAACAAGAAUUCUGACUUUAAAAGAUUAUUAAGGAGAACAUUCCUUAACUAUACUGGCUUGAUUUGAAACAGGCUCUUAUUGCCAUUUAAACUGCCAGAAAUCUUUGCCAAGGUCCUGCCUAAAAAAUUGGAAACAGUUUUCUCAGCCCCAGCUUUAAAAGCUAGAGAUCUCAGAGAAAUAGCUGGCUUAACAAUGACAGAACAGCCUAAAAUUUGUGCCUACACCAUGUUCUGAGAGUCGUUCACAUCAAAUUCUUAUCUUUUCCAAGCCAGUAAGUUGGCUUCUCCAUUCCUGGUGUCUGAUAUUCUUGACACUCAUCAGCAACAAAGAUCACAGCACUUUCCAGAAGCAUGGAGCUUCAGAAAGUGCCAGUGAACUCUUGGUCCUCAUUAGUGAGAUGCUGACAGUGUUGUAAUGCAGCUUUCUUGAGCCAUCAGAGAAAGUGUAUGUUAACCCUAUCUGGCUGUAUCCCAUUGGCAGUGGACAGAUUGAGGAACUUCCUAGAUCACUGAGAGCUAAGCACCAUGCAUAGACAACAACAGUUUGUUCUUGCCUGUGUUGCUUUUAGGGACUUUGACUACCACGUGUUCUUUUCUUGGGGUGAUUUAAUCACCUGGGAGCAUCUGAGUCUGCUCCUAAGUGGCUUUGCAACUGGGCCUAAGUUCUGUUUCCUUUGUGGAUCUCAAAUUUUCAUCUGCAAAAUGAGGCUGUUGAAAGGAAAAAAAGUGGCCGGGCGCGGUGGCUCAAGCCUGUAAUCCUAGCACUUUGGGAGGCCGAGGUGGGCGGAUCACGAGGUCAGGAGUUCGAGACCAUCCUGGCCAACAUAGUGAAACCCUGUCUCUACUAAAAAUACAAAAAAAAUUAGCAGGGCGUGGUGGCGGGCGCCUGUAGUCCCAGCUACUCGGGAGGCUGAGGCAGGAGAAUGGUGUGAACCCGGGAGGCGGAGCUUGCAGUGAGCCGAGAUGGUGCCACUGCACUCCAGCCUGGGGGACAGAGCCAGACUCUGACUCAAAAAAAAAAAAAAAAAAAAAAAAAAAAAGGAAAAAAAGUGAGCCUCUAGGAAUUAUUCAAAAAAAAUCUUGUGAUACAUUCCUUUUCCUGCCAAAAUUCUGUCUCUGUCUUUGGCUUCUGUCCAGGCAAAGCUAAAUAAGACAGCAAAGUCAAAGCAGAUAAAUUCUUGUUGAAACUUGACUAAAAUUUAUUUGAUUUGUUGUUUUACUCCCACUUGGAAUCCUGAGGUAGAAGACAGAAUGCAGAAGUCCUACAUCUUGGGCAGAAAACUUGUUUAUUCCUAUACUCUUGUUUCCUCUGCUUCUUCCUGAGGUGCCUAGAACAAAGUCUGGAAAUGUUUAGACAGGAUAUUUUCUUGGUGAUAAGGAAAGGACCCAUUUUUUCGCUUAUCACCUAACCCAACCUUCCCUCUCUCUAGUUAUGCAUAACAACACUAGGAGAAGGUGUUAGCCCAGCUAACUUUGCUUCUGGGAAGGCUAUGUCUGAACAUGUUGCUCUGUAGGAUGAUCACGCUUAUAAAAUAUCUGCCCCAUGACAUUCACAAUACCAGGGACCAUGGGAGACACAAGAAAUGUGUGUCUGCUGUCAUAACUUACAGUGAAAAAGCCCGAUAAUACAGAACAAGACAUGAUGGGCAAUACCCUAGCAUAUUGGGAUUAAGAGCUUUCUAGCCAGAAUCUGGACCUAUACCAUGGGAAAAUUUAGGGGUUCUGGGAAUCCCAAAGCCAGGGUUCUGGGAAUCUCAAAGCCAAGGUUCUGGCUUCAUUGGCAACCCACUAGGAACUUGAAUGUGAGAUUCAGCUCUAGUUUGCACCUUGAUUUCCCCAGUGAAAAGGGAGAAGAGCCAAAGUAUUGUCUAGGUGCUGAGUUCCCUUUUCUGAGUGGAUUUCAAGCAUUUGCCAGGGUAUGCUGGAGGAGGGAUUCCUACAGUAGGUGAGAUGUGGGACUAGGUAACACUUUAAAUACUUUUUUACUCAAAGAUUUGCCAAGAACACAGCUUAUUAAUGAAAGAGACCUGUGGAUUGAAAUGCUGCAGAUAGAUCCCGCAGUCCUUUCUGAAAGGAACUGUGUAGCCAGCAGGGACCUAAACUUUGGCAAAAAGCGAACACAAUUCAAAUAAGAAUGAAGCAAGAGCCCUAAAAUGGAAUGAAAGGGGAUGUGCAAGGCCAUCCCAGAGAGAAGCAGGUGUGAUACUAAUCCUCAGCCCAGGAAUAAAAGAGAGUUCAACUGUUAUUCUUUUCUUUCAUCAAUCCCCUAUCAGUUAGAACUGCAGGCCAGCUCCAAAGAGUGUUUGCUUAAGAUUCAAAAGUGGAUAAAUAAAAUGGAUCAGUGGGAAGGAUAAGGUGUCCAACAGAAAGUGUGGAGGAGAAACUCUUGGCCCAUCAAGUGCUCCUGAGAGAAACCAUGCAAUUUAACUCUUCAGUUAAAGAAGUACAUGAGAACUGCUUGUCAUGACCAGACAAGAUAGGAAAGGGGAAACCCCAGAAACGUGCUCUUCAUCUGUCAGCCUUUUGGACCAAGAAGGUGUCACUAUCACACAUAAGCACCAUUCCCUUAGAGUGGAUCCAGGUGUUGACUAUAACCAGAUUUACUCUUUGCUUACUAGGUUUUUCAUUGUCACCAUUGGAUGAACCUCUGGUUUAGCCACAGUUGUGAAAAUAAAUGGAAGGUGGUUGAUUGUCUAGAAAGUGCAAGAAGAUGGCCCUGCUCCUUUUCUGCUGAACAUUUAGUAUUGGAAACUCCUACUUCCCUUUUCAUUAAUAAUAAAGUGUGCAAGGGGGGAAGGUGUGGGGCGCUGCUGGGCUUCUCUUAAGCAUAUCUGAGAAAUGAUGUUCAUGCCUAUCUCAACCAGGACCAGACCCUGUGACUUACUAGGUAAUAGUCCACAAAAGCCUCGUUGAUACAUAAAAAGACCUCAUCCCAAAUGGAAUGGGAAUCCCAAAUUUCUGCUCAGAUUUUCUCUGAGGAGGGGGCAGGACACCCGCCCUUCCUGUCAUGUCUUAGCUUCUUAAACUUCUAAAAGCAUCCUCAGUGGCUGCCUGAAGGCAGCUCAGUAGCCAUGAGCAAAACAUCUUUCUUUCUCAAAAAUAUUUUCUUAUGGACAAGGACCUCUGAUGUCACCAAAUAUGUUUUUUUUCUUUCUUUGUGCCUGAUAUUUCUUUUUUCUCUUUUCUUUUUCUUUUUUUUUUUUUUUUUGAGACGGAGUCUUGCUCUGUUGCCCAGGCUGGAGUGCAGUGGCACAGUCUUGGCUUACUGCACUCCACCUCCCGGGUUCAUGCCAUUCUCCUCCCUCAGCCUCCUGAGUAGCUAGGACUACAGGCGCCUGCCACUACACCUGGCUAAUUUUUUUGACUAAAGUCUCAUUCUAUCCAUAUAAUAACUCCAAAGCUACACAAAACCGAAAAAGUUCUAGCAAAAGUAUAACAUUUUGUUUUAAAUAUAAAACAUACAUUUAAUUCACUUUUUCAAAACAGGAAAACAAAGUAAUUCUUUUGCUAGGGUGCUAGGGUAAUUCAAUGAUUAAUUUUCCCUAUAAAUUUUGUGUAAUGUAAAGCUCUUUGUGUAAACUUUUUUUUUUUUUUUUUUUUUUUUUUGAGAUGGAGUCUCGUUCUGUUGCCCAUGCUAGAGUGCAGUGGCCCAAUCUCAGCUCAUUGCAACCUCUGGCUCCCAGGUUCAAGCAAUUCUCCUGCCUCAGUCUCCCAGGUAGCUGGGAUAACAGGCGCCUGCCAUCAUGCCCAGCUAAUUUUUAGUAGAGAUGGGGUUUCACCAUGUUGGCCAGGCUGGUUUCGAUCUGACCUCAAAUAAUCCACCUGCCUCAGCCUCCCAAAGUACUGGGAUUACAGCCACCAAGCCCAGCUGUGUGGUUUUUGUUUUUGUUUUUUUGAGACAGAGUCUCACUCUGUCCCCCAGGCUGGAGUGCAGUGGCAUGAUCUCAGCUCACUGCAACCUCCCAGGCUGGAGUGCAGUGGCGCGAUAUUGGCUCACUGCAACCUCCGCCUCCCAGGUUCAAGAGAUUCUCCUGCCUCAGCUUCCUGAGUAGCUGGGACUACAGGCACCACCACACCCAGCUAAUUUUUUAUUUUUAGUAGAGACAGGGUUUUACGAUGUUGGCUAGGCUAGUCACGAAUUCCUGACUUCAGGUAAUCUUCCUGCCUCGGCCUCCCAAAGUGCUGGGAUUACAGGAGUGAGCCACCGCGUCCGGCCCGCAUAAAGCAUUUUUAAUGUUUUUGUAAGAAUAAGAAUUAUUGUCAUGAAAAAGAUCCUGGAAAGCAAGUCAGGAGGCCAGAGUUUUAACCUUGCUUUUAGUUUUCUCAUUCAUAAUGUGAGGAUAAUACCUAGUUUACAAAGGUGUUGUGAAGAUCAAAUGAGGAAAGUUUUUUUUUUUUUUUUGAGGUGGAGUCUUGCUCUGUCACCCAGGCUGGAGUGCAGUGGUGCAAUCUCAGCUCACUGCAACCUCUGCCUCCGGGGUUCAAGCGAUUCUCCUACCUCAGCCUCCUGUGUAGGUGGGAAUACAGGCGCGCACACCCCCACCACUCUCGGCUAAUUUUUGUAUUUUUAGUAGAGAGGGGGGUUUCACGGUGUUGGUCAGGCUGGUCUUGAACUCCUGACCUCCUGAUCCGCCCUCCUCGGCCUCCCAAAGUGGUGGGAUUACAGGCAUGAGCCACCGCACCUGGCAGGAAAGAUUUUAAAGUGUUUUGAAGUCUAUAUGUCAAACAUAAGAAGACAGUGUUGAUAUAGUAGUUGCAGGAGAAUUACUUUGUUAACCAGUUAAACAAUAUCAUGGGUCAUAUUGAUGCUUCUCUUCAAGACUGGGCAGAGGCUGGGUGUGAUGGCUCACUCAUGUUAUCCCACCACUUUGUUAGGCCGAGGCAGGAGGAUCACUUGAGCCCAGGAGUUUGAGACCAGCCUGAGCAAUAUAGUGAGACCCCCGUCUCUACCAAAAAAUGUUUAAAAAGCUGGGUGUGGUGGCACAUGCCUGUAGUCUCAGCUACUUUGAGGCUGAGGUGGGAGAAUCCCUUCAGCCCGGGAGGUUGAGGCUGCAGUGAGCCAUGAUUGCACCACUGCACUCCAGCCUGGGUGACAGAGUGAGACCUUGUCACACACACACAAAAAAGGCAGUAGUUGUUUGUUUCCAAUUUGCUUGCCUAUGAUGAGGAGAAGCUAGCCCAAGAUUGCAAUUUGGGGAGCAAUAGAAGUGGAAGUAUGGACAGAGAUGAAAAAAUUUGAUGCCAAAAAAUUAGUUUCACAUGUAUAGUGUGUUUAGCUCUGGCAGCAACUUUUGUAAGAUAACCACUUGUAUGUAUACUAAGAAUUAGAACAUCAGGAAGGCAGGCACGUUACUGGAGAGAAUUGACUAAACCAGCAGGAUUCAAAAUUAAGGAUGUACAUCAAUCUGUGUACAUCAGGUCAAUUCUUGGCCUUGAGUUCAUAAUUUUUAUUUUAUUUAUUUAUUUUUAUUUAUUUAUUUUUUUUGAGACGGAAUCUCGCUCUGUCGCCCAGGCUGGAGUGCAGUGGCGCAAUCUCGGCUCACUGCAAGCUCCGCCUCCCGGGUUCACGCCAUUCUCCUGCCUCAGCCUCUCCUAGUAGCUGGGACGACAGGCGCCCGCCACCACGCCCGGCUAAUUUUUUGUAUUUUUUUAGUAGAGACGGGGUUUCACCGUGGUCUCGAUCUCCUGACCUCGUGAUCCGCCCGCCUCGGCCUCCCAAAGUGUUGGGAUUACAAGCGUGAGCCACCGCGCCUGGCCGAGUUCAUAAUUUUAAAAAAUUCUGUACCUACAAGCCACCCUCAGUGAUUAAAGAGCAGGAACAAGAAUAAUUACACCAAUCAUAUUUAUGUUAUUAGCCAAGAAAGUAGUCAUUUAGAAUGUUUAUUUUCCCAGAUGGUCUUGUGUGGCUGAGACAAGGAGAUGAGUAGGAGGAAGAUUCUGUUGCACUAGUUUGUUUUGGGCUGAACUUUACAAUAACCUGGGGAGCUUAAAAAAAUAUUUAUGCCAAGGCCCACCAUGGCAUGAUUUAAUUGGUGUGUGAUAAGGCCCAGAUGUUUUGUUUUUUAGAGUUCUCCCAAGUGAUUUUAAUGUGCCUGCAAGGUAGAGAAGAUCAGAGAGAAGGUGAAUUAUUGGACUGGAAAUGGCUACUUAGCGUGCUUUACUGGAGCAGGGAGCUGUGGAUUGGAGAUUAAUAAAGGGUCUUUGAAUCCACAAUGGGAAGUCAUAAUUUGAUUCUAGAGGCAGGACUCAGAAGGAUAUAAAGCUAUGGGAAUGGUGGUUGAAAAAGUUCUGACCUCAAUAGUUAGGAGCUCUAGAGUCAGUGGGAAAAGCAGCAUUCACUUCAGGCUGCAGAGCUGUGUCCAGAGCCUGUGAUUAAAAAAAAAGUUGGCAGGACUAGGGGAGCACAGAUGAGACUGGCACCCCAUGCCUAUGCUGUAGACCUAACUAACUUCCAGAAUGGUGAGGCUAGUGCCUCCUCAUAAGAGCAGUUUAGUGAAGAACAAAAAGAGACUUUAGUCGACAUCCUUACCAACUUGGAUUUAACAAUAACACAUGGUUUUUUUUGUUAUUGUUGUUUGUUUGUUUUUUUGUUUUGUUUUGAGAUGGAGUCUCGCUCUGUGGACCAGGCUGGAGUGCAAUGGCGCGAUCUUGGCUCACUGCAAGCUCCGCCUUCCCAGUUCGCGCCAUUCUUCUGCCUCAGCCUCUGGAGUAGCUGGGACUACAGGCGCCUGGCUAUUUUUUUAAAUUCAUUUUAUUUGUAUUUUUAGUAGACACGGGGUUUCACUGUGUUAGCCAGGAUGGUCUCUAUCUCCUGACCUGGUGAUCUGCCCGCCUCGGCCUCCCAAAGUGUUGGGAUUACAGGCUUGAGUCACGGCGCCUGGCCAACACUUGGUUUUAAUACCUUAUUUUUGAAUUUGGAAGAACCAGGAUGUUUCUGUAUAAGCACUAGACUUUAUUUUACAUUAAUUUCGGCCAUUUUUAAUAGUCAAAUCUGCACUUAAAAGCUGAAAGGUUGCUGGGCGCGUGGCUCAUGCCUGUAAUCCCAGCACUUUGAGAGGCUGAAGUGGAUCGCUUGAGGUCAGGAGAUCGAGACCAGCCUGGCCAACAUGGCGAAAUCCCGUCUCUACUAAAAAUACAAAAAUUAGCCGGGGGUGGCGGCGCAUGCCUGUAAUCCCAGCUACUUGGGAGGCUGAGGCAGGAGAAUCACUUGAACCCGGGAGGUGGAAGUUGCAGUGAGGAGAUCGCACCACUGCACUCCAGCCUGGGCAACAGAGCCAGACUCAGUCUCAAAAAAAAAAAAAAAAAAAGGUUGAAAGGUUGUCUACUGAGGAGAUUCAAGAGAACAUACAGCAAUUACCAACAUAAAACCUGUCAUUGCAUAAAGGGUUUCUAAGCCCUAGGUGUCUGUUGUGUUUGUAUGUUAGUAGCAUACUCAGUUACCUGAGCAGUGGAGAGGUACCAUGGAGUCACUAAGAACUGACAAAAAGCCAGUGAACUUUACUCAUCUACAGUGUCAAAACUUGUAAAGGUAAGAAAUGCUUAUUUGAAGGAGACUGAGAAUGAACUCGAGGAAAAAAGUAUUUUCUCCAAACGUUGCAUAUGUAUAAAGCAAAAAUUUUCAGAAAUAAGAGGAGAACGUGUAUGUGUUUGGGUGUUUAAGUUUGAAAUAAAAUGUUGCCAAAAGGAGGGUCUGUAAA